AUGGACACGCUUCACGCAAGAGCCGACUGGGAGCGCGUGGGCGACAAGUGGUUCCGCAAGACGGAGCAGUAUACCGCCGUCUUUGGCCAGGAUCUGGACCUCGAUGCCUUUGUCGUGACGGGCGCGCCUUAUGCCGGCGCUCUGGCGCUGUGGCGGGACGACUCGAAGCUGCAGGCUCACCGCGCGGGGCAGACGACGAAGCCGGGGAUUGACAUUUACAGCCUGGCGGGCAAGAAGCUGCGGACCAUCUCCUGGGACAGCGGCGCCAUCAAGGGCCUGGGAUGGUCCGAGGACGAGUCGCUGCUGGUGGUGGCGGCGGACGGCAACGUGAGAUGCUACGAUAUGCAGGGGGACUUUAGCCACUUCUCGCUGGGGAACGGGGCGGACAACUAUGGAGUUGAGUCGUGCCGGUUCUACGAUAACGGCAUGGUGGCCCUGCUGGGGAACAACACACUGGUGACGGUUUCGUCGUAUUCAGAGCCCCGACCAAAGCUGCUGGCCCCUGUCCCGGCAGGAGAGAUUCAUUCAUGGGCCAUCGUCGCCCCGAACCACACGCUGUCUCGCUCCGUGGAAGUUUUGCUCAGUAUUGGGUCGACUGUUUACGUGGUUGAUGCUACGGACUGCGAGGACCGGUUUCUGGAUGUUGGGCCGUUUUCACACGUCAGUGUCUCGCCCGACGGUCGCUUUGUCAACUUGUAUGGCAAGAAUGGUAAGGCGCAUGUCAUAUCGAGCGAUUUCCAGGAGAGGUUGUUUGAGCACAACUCGAAUUCACACACACCUCCCAAGUACGUGGAGUGGUGUGGCAGCGAUGCCAUUAUUGCUUGGGAAGACGAGGUCCAUGUUAUUGGGCCGGGUGAUGAGUCUUCGUCUUACAUCUACGACAGCACCCGAGUGCACGUCAUGUCUGAACACGACGGCGCUAGACUGAUAACGAAUGAUUUUUGCGAGUUUCUUGAGAGGGUGCCUGAUGAUACGCUUCAGGCAUUUGGUGCUGCCUCAGAAUCAUCCCCCGCAUCUAUUCUGCUCGAUGCUGUGAGACAGCUUGAGCUGCAAUCCCCCAAAGCAGAUGAUUAUAUCCAACUCAUACGGCCCAACCUGACCGAAGCUGUCGAUACGUGCGUUAAUGCCGCCGGUCGAGAGUUUGAUCCUCAGUGGCAGAAGCGACUGCUCAAGGCCGCGUCGUUUGGCAAGUCGGUGCUCGACAUCUACAACAGCGACGAGUUUGUCGACAUGUGUGAGACGCUACGGGUUCUCAAUGCUGUCCGAAGCUUUGAGAUUGGAAUCCCCCUGUCAUUUCAGCAAUAUCACAGGCUGACCCCUGAGCGACUUAUUCAACGACUGAUCCAGCGGCACGAGUAUUUGCUGGCACUAAAGAUUGCUGGCUACUUGAAGCUACCGACGGAUCGCAUCUACGUCAGCUGGGCAUCUACAAAGGUCCGCGUGGGUGCUCAAGACGACGAUACCAUCUGCCGACUGGUCGUGGAGAGACUUUCUGGCAAGCCUGGUAUCUCGUUCGAGGAGAUUGCAAGAGCUGCAUAUCAUGAAGGACGAGGCCGUUUGGCUACGGAGCUGUUGAACCAUGAGCCACGCGGAGGGAGACAAGUGCCUCUUCUGCUGGAUAUGGAAGAGGACGAACUGGCCCUGGACAAGGCCAUCGAAAGCGGUGAUACUGAUCUCAUCCUUUUUGUUCUCACAAAGCUCAAGAAGAAGCUACCUUUGGCAUCAUUCUUCCGGGUGAUCAAUGUUCGGCCAACGGCAACGGCCCUGGUAGAGUCGGCGGCCUUGUCGGAAGGAGACAAUACUCUUCUCAAGGACAUGUACUACCAGGACGAUAGACGAGUCGACGGGGCCAAUGUUUUCAUCCGCGAGUCGCUUCGACAGCCCGAUGCUCGCACUGCAUCCGAUAAGCUAGCUCUUGCAGCCAAGCUCCUCUCUGAAUCCAAAGAUAACGCAGCAGAAGUCUACGUGCUCAAGGAAACAACGCAACUCCUUCGUGCACAAGAGGCGCUAGACCGCGACCUGACGGAUUCCUUCUCCGGACUGAGCGUCAACGAGACGAUCUUCAAGCUCAUCCGGCUCGGCUACCACGGAAAGGCCAAGAAGAUUCAGAGCGACUUCAAGGUGCCAGAGAAGGUUGUUUGGUGGAUUAGGCUUCGGGCACUUGUCGCAAAGCGAGAAUGGGGUGAGAUUGAGGAUAUCGCAAAGGCUAAGAAGAGCCCGAUCGGAUGGACGGCGGGUAAUCCGCGCUUGGCGGCGGUGUUUAUACCCAAGUGUACUGGUUUGGAGCCCGGGGAGACGAUUACCAUGUACGAAAAGUGCGGGAUGCGAGUUAAGGCGGCGGAGGAGGCUGUUAAGCUGAAGGCUGCGGCGGCGUAUGAGAGGUUGUUGGAGGCGGCGGGGAGAGACACGACUGAGGGGAAGGAGAUUGAGAGGAUUGGUGGCGCGGUGUUUAAGAAGUAA